AUGUCGCCGGCUGGGUCAGCAUUUGCUGCAAAGCACGCAGAGUGCAUAUUCAUCGGCGACCCCAACCCGGCAUUUCUUGCGGGCAAGAUCAAGAAGACCCGAGACCUCGCCGCUUCACAGGGUCGAGAUCCACACGACAUCAAAUUCUUCAUUCAGUUUACCCCGAUACUCGGUGCUACAGACGAGGAGGCUCAGGAGAAGUACGAACGAUACAAGAAGUACGCAAUUGGUGACGGAGGCCUCGCACUUCUCGGCGGCAUCUCUGGCAUUGAUGUUAGCGAAUUCCCUCUUGACGAAGAAUUUCCUACGGAUCCCAAUCACCCCCUGAUGGCAAAACUCACACCGCAGCAGCGGGAACGUCUCCUCUCUCGGCCACAGGGAUAUGAGAGGUGGACACCGCGAAUUCUAGCCGAAUUCCAAUCCAUAGGGGGGAGUGGAAACUUCAAGGUUGGCAGCGGCAAGACUGUGGCUGAUGAGCUGGAAAAGUGGAUCACGGUUGCUGACGUUGAUGGCUUUAACAUCGGACAUGUUGUUGUUCCUGACGCCUGGGCAGACGUGAUAGAAUACCUCAUUCCUGAGCUCGAAGCAAGGGGAUGGUUGGGGAAUGGGGAUUACGCAGUCCCUGGAGGAACCGCAAGGGAGAACUUAUACGCGACCCCUGGGGACCCCAAGCUAAGAGCAUCUCAUCCAGGCUACAAGUAUAAGUUCAGCAGUCAUGAUUAG